AUGGCGCCGCCGGCGGCAGUAGCAGGCAGGCAGCAACCGCAGCAGCAGCAGCAGCAGCAGCAAGGAGGAAUGGGGCAGACAAUAACGGGAAUCAUAAGAAUAGCGGUGUUUUGGUAUUUCGCCUCCAAAUUCUUCUCUCCGGGGAGCAAGAAACCCUCCGAUCCUGCCCUCCUUACCUCUAAUCUCUUCCAAAAAGGAGAUUCUCUUGAUAUGUGGUUUUAUCUGUCUGAGCAUGAAAAAUUUAAUGAUUUUGGGAAUGAAUCUGCUCUUAUUUGGCAUGAAACUAAUAUUCCUUAUGGUGUUUGGGGACCAGAUAGUACUAGGUCUCUCUCCCUCAAGUACUAUCCUACCGAGGCAUUGAAGCACAACGCCUCUCUUUAUGCCCAUGUUUUCCUUGCUCGAUCUGGCUAUCCUCCUGACCCUAAUGAUCCCGAGUACCAACCCCUUUUUGCAUUCGGGAGAACACACCCUCUAGUGGUUUACUUACCCAAGCACAGAGCAGACAAAAGGAGGAGUCUGUUGGGGAACCCAAAAGAGGGAGAGACAAUCUCACAGGUAGUUGGGGACAGCGAAGUUGAUUCUACUGACAAUGGACCUGUUGAGUGGGUUUCAUAUUGGAAACCAAAUGUUACAGUCAAUCUGGUGGAUGAUUUUACAAGAUAUCCACAUAAUGCUGUGCCGCCAAAUAUUUCUCCUUUCUUGAAUGUUGACCCUAGCACAGGGAAUUACUACCCUACCAUAUUUUUCAAUGAGUUUUGGUUGCUCAGAGACAAGUUAAUUCAAGUUAAUGAGACGGUGACAGAGUUGCCACUUAAUCUGGAAGUGGGUCUUAUCAGCAUGACAAAAUGGCAGCUGUUCCAUCAGAUUGAUCAGUCAUUCCAAAUUCAUCGUAGUUAUGGUAGUAUGAUUGAGGGCGAGGCUGAUGAACUGAAGAGGGUCUUCUUGGAGGGAAAUCCUUACCUCUUGUUGAUCACAAUGGUUGUUUCUUUAUUUCACUCAGUGUUUGACUUCCUGGCAUUUAAGAAUGAUAUUCAGUUUUGGAACAAAAAUAAGUCUAUGGAAGGGCUGUCUGCAAAAUCUGUUGUUGUGAGCUUUAUAAGUCAGCUCAUCGUCUUUCUUUAUCUACUUGACAAUGACACUUCAUGGAUGAUACUUGCAAGUUCUGGAGUUGGUUGCUGCAUUGAAUUUUGGAAAAUAGGGAAAGCCAUGCACAUAGAGCUUGAUAGAAGUGGAAAGAUUCCUAUGUUGAGGUUUCGAGAUCGCGAGACAUAUGCAGGCAAUAAGACAAAGGAAUAUGAUGACCUUGCAAUGAAGUAUCUGUCUUAUGUACUUUUCUUCCUUUGUGGAUGCUCAGCUGUUUAUUCACUUAUGUAUGAGCGCCACAGGAGUUGGUACUCUUGGAUCCUCUCUUCACUCACUAGCUGUGUGUACAUGUUUGGUUUUAUCAUGAUGUGCCCUCAGCUGUUCAUAAAUUACAAAUUGAAAUCUGUGGCUCAUCUUCCAUGGAGGCAGAUGACAUAUAAGUUUCUGAAUACCAUCAUUGAUGAUCUCUUUGCAUUUGUCAUCAAAAUGCCAACUCUACAUAGGCUUUCUGUCUUUCGCGAUGAUCUUAUAUUUCUGAUAUUUAUAUAUCAGAAAUGGGUUUAUCCCGUAGACAAGACCCGUGUAAAUGAAUUUGGUUUUGGGGGUGAGGAUGAUCAGGCAACGAAUACAGAUGCAAGUGCAACACAGAUUGAAGAUAAGAAAACCAAUUGAGCUCGUCUUCAAGUUAAUCCUUCGAGUCUCAAGUUACAGAAUAUAACCUGUAAAAUUUAGGAAUUUUUUUGUCAUUUUUUUUAUUUUUUGAUAUUGACAUUAAAAUGUUAUUCCUAAAGACACUGAUUGUAGGGUAUUUGCGAGUAAAAACAAAAGGUUAUCACUUAUAUUGAAGGAUAAGAGUUGUUGGAACACAUUGAUGUAGACUCUUUCUACCAGUUAUUGGUUGAAGAGACCAAUUUUUGUACCUAAUCAUGGGUCAAACCAACUUGAUUUUUUGCUAAAAGCAGUUGAUUAAAUUUGUUUA